AUACAUGUGCGCUUCUCGCCGAGUCCACAGCUAGAGCCGCUCCAGUGUACACUCAUCCCGGAGAGACCUGCGAUUAGCCUAGUCUGGAGAUUAUCACGCUUUAUUCCUCACAAUCAUGGCCGACCAGUUAACAGAGGAGCAGAUUGCAGAGUUCAAGGAGGCUUUCUCCUUAUUCGACAAGGAUGGUGACGGCACCAUCACGACCAAAGAGCUGGGCACAGUGAUGCGGUCGCUGGGUCAGAACCCCACGGAGGCAGAGCUGCAGGACAUGAUCAAUGAGGUGGACGCUGAUGGAAAUGGAACCAUAGAUUUCCCAGAGUUCUUGACGAUGAUGGCCAGGAAAAUGAAGGACACAGACAGCGAGGAAGAGAUUCGCGAGGCUUUUCGGGUAUUUGACAAGGAUGGUAAUGGCUACAUCAGUGCUGCAGAGUUGCGUCACGUCAUGACAAACCUCGGCGAGAAGCUGACAGAUGAAGAGGUUGAUGAGAUGAUCAGAGAAGCCGACAUAGAUGGUGAUGGUCAGGUGAACUAUGAAGAAUUUGUACAGAUGAUGACCGCAAAGUGAAACCGCCUCCUCCUGCCGUGCCCUCUUAGAAGAGAAGAAAAAAUCAGUCAAAUGUUUUACUUACCUCUUGGAAAAAAAAAAGUUUAUUUAUUCAUAAUGUUUCUGGUUAAAAAUAAUUGAAUGUUAAAAUAAAGUAUCCUUCUGUCCACACAGAAAAUAAUGGAAAAAGUUCAAUAUCUGCAUGAAAUGGUUAGUGAUCCUGUCCCCAAAGAUCAGUCUAGCAUCAGUUAUUCGAGAAAAAUAACCUGUAACUACCUUCAAACUGAAGAAAAACAGCAUUUGGUGAACUCCUUAAGUUCCAUCUGCUCUUGAUAAUGUUUGGGCUGGCCAUCCUCCUUUUGUUCUCUCGUUUUUUCAGUUCUUCAUGCAUGCAGCUUGAGCCCGGAGCUCAUUCUCCAGCCAAUCAGAGCGUGCUGAGUCCACUGAAGUGUUUUAUUGUGGGGUUUUGUAAUUUAAGAGGAACCACAAGUAGAAAGAAAGAAAUGGGGCUUUAAUGUAUUGUGGGGGAUAAAAAGUAAAAAUCAAAAACA